CUCAAUACUGGGCCCAUCAUCUUCCUCCAUCAAGCACAAAAGGGGCUCAAAAUUGAAAUCGAUUCCAGAGAACAUUGAGAGAGGGAGAGCCAUGGCUGAAGGUGGAAUGUCUUCUUCACCUUAUUCAAUUAUCAGCGAAGGAGCUGGAGUUGCAGGAAAUAUAUGUGCUUUCGUGUUAUUCGUAUCGCCUAUUCCGACAUUCAAGAGGAUCAUCAGAAACAAAUCAACGGAGCAAUUCUCGGGGCUGCCUUACAUCUACGCCCUCUUGAACUGCUUGAUAUGCCUUUGGUAUGGCACGCCGCUUGUCUCUCCCGACUUGAUCUUGAUCGCCACCGUCAACUCAAUCGGAGCCCUUUUUCAGCUCGUUUACGUCCUCAUAUUCGUAGCCUAUGCAGACCACAGGAGAAGGCUGAAGAUGGUGGGAUUGUUGUUGGGAGUGUUUGCUUUGUUUGCUGUCAUUGUCUCUAUUAGCCUCUGCGUUUUCGAGCCACCAAACCGGCAGCUCUUUGUUGGUUACUUAUCAGUGUUUUCUCUCAUAUCCAUGUUUGCUUCUCCACUAUUCAUCAUUAAUCUGGUGAUAAGAACAAAAAGUGUUGAAUACAUGCCAUACUAUCUGUCUCUUGCUACAUUCUUGAUGAGCAUUGCUUUCUUCGCGUAUGGAAUGCUCAAGCACGAUGCCUUCGUCUCUAUUCCUAACGGGAUUGGAGCAGUUCUUGGGAUUCUUCAGCUGGUGCUAUACUUCCAUUACAGCAGAACUAGCGCACAAGUGUCGAGAGCGCCUUUGCUCGAGCCAUACACGGCCUGAUCUGCUGCUCUUUGUGAGAGCCGAGAAACUGGCCUUAAAUCUUGAUGUCAUUCUUGUUAAAUUCCAUCGAUUCUUUAUCCCCUUUUGUGUAAAUUGGUGUGAUGUGAGGGAGGUUUAUUGUGUGUGAGUGAAAAAAAAAGGAAAUGCAAAUUAGCAGAAGUUGUUGUUCAUCAAUCAAUGAACUAUGUAUUUUUCAAUGACAUGCAGUGCGAAAUUCUUAAAAACAAA